AUGCUUAUCUGCAGAUCAUACUCCGGGCCUCAUGUCACUUGCAUCAAGUACCCGCAAACGCUCGAGGUUCUCUGCAAGAUACAUGAUGGCGAAUGUGGAAAUCACGCUGGGGGCAGAUCGCUUGCUCAAAAGGCUCUCAGCAUCGGCUAUUUUUGGCCUACCAUGCGCCAACGCUACAAGCCGGUCCCUGGCCUACCCGCUGAGGAAUACCAUCCGCAGAACAGUUCAUGGCCAUUCAUGCAAUUGGUCAUUGACUUGGUGGGACCUAUGCCGACGGCACCUGCCAAUAAAGAGAUGAUGAUCGUUGCCACUGAUUACUUCACCAAAUGGAUCGAGGCCGAGGCUUUAUCUUCUACCAAGGAGGCCGAUGUUGAACGGUUCAUCUAG